AACAGUGACCAACCCACAAGCAGUCUGGAUUAUUUUUAAUUUUUUUAUCGAAAUAUCAAGUAUUGAUGGAUUUUUAAAAUUUAUCACGAGGCUUAUACCAUGGCCAAUGACGAAACAAUCGACGUAGAUCGUAUGCUCGCCUAUGCUGGCGAUUUUUCCAGAUAUCAAAUAAUAUUAACCUGCCUGUUUAGUAUAAUAAAUAUUUUAUCAGCAUUUCAUUAUUUUGGACAAACAUUUAGCAGUCUUACUCCUGAAUAUAGAUGUAACUCUACUUCAUACAACCAAACAGAAACGUUAGCUUUGGAGUGUUCCAUCGAAUUUUUUAAAAAUGGUUCGAAAUAUUUGGAGGAAAUGUGCGACACGGGUUGGGUUUAUAAUGACACCAAUACAUAUGGAUACAUAAGCAUUGUGCAGGAGCUGAACUGGGUAUGUUCAGAUAGCUGGAAACCAGUAUUAGGUCAAUCAGUAUUCUUUAUCGGCUCAGUUCUAGGGGGAAUUGUACUAGGAGUAUUAGCGGACAAUAUCGGAAGACUUCAUGUCUUGGUAUUAGCUAAUAUGUUUGCUUUUGUUGGCAAUGGAAUCACAACUUUAUCAAAUAAUGCAAUUGUUUUUUCUAUUAGUCGAUUUAUUGCUGGGUGUGCUACAGAUGCUAAUUUUGUUAUGAUGUAUAUUAUUGUUAUGGAGUACCUCAGACCAAGCAUGAGAACUUUUGGACUAAACAUAUGUAUCGGUUUAUUCUACUCUUUAUCUUGUAUGGCCAUACCAUGGGUGGCUUCCUGGGUGGGUAACUGGAGAAAUUUUUUGAUAAUUAUUUCUUUCUCUCAUGUACCAGUACUAUUAUUCUAUUUUAUCGUGCCCGAGAGUGCUCAAUGGCUAUUGAGUAAGGGCAGAACCGAGGAGGCUAUCAAAUGUUUCCAAAGGAUUGCUAAAAUUAAUAGGAAGACAAUAGAUCCCAAAACCAUUGAAGGUCUUAAAGUUUAUUCUAACCAACAUAUUAACAAGAAGCAGGAAAAUUCAGAAAAUUUCUUUGGAUUGGUUAAGACUCCAAAUUUGAGAAGAAAAACCUUAAUACUAAUUUAUAAAUCGAUGAUAUUAUCACUUUGCUAUGACGCUAUAUCAAAAAAUGUCAAUGGAGUUGGUAUGUCACCAUUUGUAGUAUUCACAGUAACGUCAUCAACCAUUUUACCAGCAUGCGUAUUCAUCUUAGCUGUUCAGGAUAUUGUUGGCAGAAAGGCUCUUGCAAGUGGCUCCCUUUUAGUUAGUGGUACUUUCUCCGCAUGUGCGGGCAUCUAUUUAGUAUUUGUUCAGAAUCCAGAACCAAUAGUUAUUUUGACUUUAGCUAUUGUCGCUAGGCUUGGAAUAAACAUAGCUUACAAUUCAGGGCAUCAAUAUGCAGUUGAAUUAUUACCUACAGUAGUGAGGGGACAGGGAGUAGCUGUGAUACAUGUAGCUGGAUAUGGUGCUACAUUCUUUAGUACCCAAAUUUUGUAUUUAGCUGAUUUCUGGUUACCAUCCCCAGAAAUUAUUUUAGGAUUGCUUAUGAUCUCAGGUGCAAUGGCUUGCCUGUUCCUUCCAGAAACCCUCAACAAAACCCUACCAGUUACUUUAGCCGAUGGCGAAGAAUUUGGAGAAGAUGAAAAACUAUGGCAAUUCGCUAUGUGUGGAAAAAAUAACACCGAGAGCACCACAACUUUACAUAAUGAUUUUGACAAUCUCCCACGAUACUAAGCAGACAUGGACCGAAUAAGCAAACAAAUGUAGCUACCUCCACACCCUUCAUCGCCAAUCUCGGAGAAACAACUCACUAACAACAUAGGUAUUGAGAACAUUCAAGUUGUUUUUUCUUGAUUCUCAAUGGUGGCGCUAGUGAAAGAUUAGAAAUUCUGCAACGUUCCUGCUUUCUGCGGUUGACGUUACUCCCUUCUAAUUGGCUGAUUUGAAUGUCAGAAUUUGUGACGAAAAACAAUUUCCAAGUUUUGCGCGUAGGUAAUUUUGACUUCAAAGUUAUAGAAAAGCUAUAGGCUAAGAUUGAGUUUUUUUCGUGUUAGAUGUUCGUAAUUUUAGGAAUUUUGUAUAGCUAGCAGAUGUUGGAGAAUAGAAAUUUGGAAUAAUGUUACAUUAAUAAAAUAAUUGUGAUUGUGUUAAUUUUUUGAAUAGGUAAAAUAUUGGCACAGAAGGAUCAGAUUAUUAUUAUUAGCCUUAGCAAAUGGAAAAGUACCUAUCUACUUGUACAAUUUUUUUAAUAUAAUAAUGUUCCAUUAUUAUAGGUACUUACCUAAUAAAUUUCUUCGUAUAUAGUAGCCCGAAUGAGGUGGGUAGGUAGUGCGAUUUUCUGUAGGUCCAAAUCGCAACUAGCCAGUUUGUAAACAUUUAUGAUGCAAGAUUUUACAAUAUUAGUGAUUUAAUUUGAAUUCUCAUGAUACUGAAGGAACUCUAACUGUUCACGGAAUUAUGAAGAUCAAAAAAAUCUAUUUAUUAUCACUGACUUCUUCUGGAUAUUGGUUUUCGGAUAAAUCAUCAAUACAAAAGCCGUUCAACCAUAGGGUUUACUAACAAAAUUGUAUUAGGCCACCUGGAUAAAGCCCUGUCGUACAUUAUAGAGUGAUAAGUGAUUCGUACUCAGAAUAGAACCUCAUUUGGAGAUCAUAUAAAAAGUUUUAUCUGUAUGAUAGGGCUCAGACGAA